CCCUCCGCGUAUCCACCAUCCAACAAUCCUCUAUCACUACCACCUGACCUGCGUAAAUAAAGCACACAAAUAUCAAAACCCACCUACUUCUUUCUCCUCCAUCACCAACAGAUCAACAACAUCUUUGGACUUUUCUUUCACGAAUCUGACUUUGGGGGGGUCAUUCUAAAAUUGAUUUUGAAGGAGAAAUAAAGCAACAUGCCUUGGAUCUCUCUCGGAGUGAAUUAUUGUAAAACUAGCUUUCGCUUAGCUGUCUUCUUUCGUUUCAUACUGUAAUUUGAUUUCUAAGGCGUGUUUUUGGUAGUUCUUGUUAUUAUUCAUUUGUGAAUAUUGGUUGGAGGACUGAGAAUGUUCAUUGGUGUUGGACAAAAGAGAAUUCAAACAGUGAAGGAAGUUGCUAAACGUAAAAUGAGUGUUGGGAUCAUUGCCUAUUACAAUUUGAUGCAAGUUUGUCAGGCUGAAUAUUUCCGUCAAUUGCUCAAGCCCGUUACGUAGUCUUUCGACAGUCGAAGUUUAGCGACGUGGCAAGGUUUGCCCCGUUGGUUGUUUUUCACGUUAGAAAUCCGAAUCCGUAACUACAUACUAGAAGCAUCCGGUUAACAUAGUAAUGCAAGGUGAUCAAGCGGGUAGCGGAUACUUACCCGAUCCACAUAUUUCAUCGUUCUUUGUGCAAAGUGUUGACUUUCGGCCAUCACGGGAUUGCCCAAGAAAUUUCAUCAUCUUUGACAGGACGGAUAAACGCAGCCAGAUCAUGUACAACCCUACCACAGCAUCCAACUUUGGUUACUUUCCCGAUAGUACUACACUGGUGCAAAAAGACGUAAAUGCCCCUAGAGUUAUGAAUGAAGAUUCGGCAGAUAUUGAUGCGUUGUUGAGCUUUGAAGACGAGGAGGAAGAGGAAGAGGAAGUUAGCACUGGACGGACGGGGAGAAGCGACACGAGCGAUACGUGUGAUUCUUGGUGUUCGAGAUCGAGAAACGGAGGGCCUGGGUUAUUAUCAGGUCACGGAUCAAAGGGUAGUGAAGAAAAGCGGGAAAAGAUGCGGAAAAUGGUGAAGUCGAUUAGAGGGAUCGUGCCGGAUGGUGGUGGUAAUGAAAUGAAUACGGUUGCCAUUCUUGAUGAAGCUGUUAAGUACCUUAAGUCGCUUAAAGUCGAAGCGCAAAAGAUUGGGCUAGGAUAUUUGUAACAAGGGUGAUGGAAAUGAUAAUGGUGCCCCUGUUGCCAGGAUGUUGUAGCGUUUGUUUCGAUGGCGGUCGAGAGGGUAGAAGGGUAAUUUUACAUCUUUCUUAUUUGAGGACGUAUUUGUUAAGUGUGAUUAUUUGCUGUUUUAUGACGAGUGGUUUUUGAUUGUUACGUUUGUGCUUUUGUUGAUGUUGGUUUGGCAAUAGAGAUAAUGUAAGUUAUGAUGAGAAAUGUAAGAAGAGAGUUGAACUGUUGAUCAUUUUUAAUCUCAUGUUUACGAUGAAUUGUACUUUA